GGAGCUGGAGGUGAACUGCACCUCCCCUUACUCCUCACCUGGGCUCUGACAGCCUCUCUCCGUCCCAGCAGCCAGGAGUGAACGCAGGAGUGUCUUGCCUGCCCGGGACACCAGGUCCCAAGAGCUCCUGAUUGGCAAGUGACAUCUGUGGGAUGUGAGGCUGGUUGGAAGCCGGAGGUAAACUGCCAGGUCACUACCCCCACUAUGUCCCAGGUGAUGUCCAGCCCCCUGCUGGCAGGAGGCCCCGCAGUCGGCUUGGCUCCCUGUGAGGAACCCAGGAGGGCCCUGCACCCAGCACCCAGCCCCGGCCUGCCGCCCCAGUGUCUUUACUACACCACAGAAGGCUGGGGAGCUCAGGCCCUGAUGGCCCCCAUGCCCAGCAAGGAGCCCCCCAGCAGGCUCCAGCAGGCCCCACAGGCUGGAGCCAAAGCCAGCUGCCUCCCGCAGUCCCCUGGGGAGCAGGCCUCGGGAGCCCUGGAGGACCUUGACUCCUACAUUGACUUCUCGCUGGAGAGCCUCAACCAGAUGAUUCUGGAACUGGACCCCACCUUCCAGCUGCUCCCUCCAGGGCCUGGUGGCCCCUGGGCUGAGCCCACCCAGAGCACUACCUCGAGGAGAAAGAAAGAAGAGCCUGAAGCUUUGGAUAUAAAGUACAUCGAGGUGACCUCGACCAGAUCAAGGUGCCACGACGGCCCCCAGAGCUGCUCCAGCCCAUCUGUCACCCCACCCUUCGGCUCCCCUGGCCGUGGCGCCCUUCUCCUUUCCAGAGACAUCCCCCAAGAGACUCGGAGCAGCAGUGAGAGCCUCAUCUUCUCCGGGAGCCAGGGCAGGGGGCACCAGCGCCCCUCUCCCCCCUCGGGAGCCCCCUCCCCUCAUCCCCCACCCUCUCCCAGCAUCUCCAUCCCUGGAAUGGGAAACAAGGCCUCAGGCCGCCAUGGCUUGGGCUCCCCACUGGUGGCUUCCCCAGCCUUGGAGAAGGGGCUGGGGGGCAGGGUCUCCAUGCUGUCAGCCAGCCCAGCAUCUGAUGUCAGUUACGUGUUUGGAAGCCAGUCCUUCCUCCGCUCCAGCAUCUCCAGCCAUCAGUCAUCUUCGAGAUCCUUGGAAAGCCCAGCCAGCUCUUCCUCCAGCCUCCACAGCCUUGGCCCGGUGUCCUUGUAUACGAGAGCCAGUGACCUCCAGGUCCCCAGCAACCCCACCCCAAGCAUGGGCCAGCCCAGAGCAACCCAUUCCUCACCACUGGCCAAGGAACAUGCCAGCAGCUGUCCCCCAUCCAUCACCAACUCCAUGGUGGACAUACCUAUCGUGCUGAUCAACAGCUGCCCAGAACCAGGAUCUCCCCUGUCACAGAGGACCCCAGGACACCAGGACUUUGUCUGCCCUGGGGCUACUUCUUCCAGCAACCCCUGUCCAGCCACCAGGAGCCACAGCCAGACCCUGCCAGAUGCCCCUCUCACCACAUCCCCAGAGGCCUACAGGGUCCCCCUCCUCUGUCCGUCUCCAGGUCCUGCCAGGGACAUGCAGCCCACCAUGAAGUUUGUGAUGGACACAUCUAAAUACUGGUUUAAGCCAAGCAUCACCCGAGAGCAAGCCAUGGAGCUGCUGAGGAAGGAAGAGCCGGGGGCUUUCAUCGUGAGGGACAGUUCUUCAUACCGAGGCUCCUUCGGUCUUGCCCUGAAGGUGCAGGAGGCCCCUGCACCUGCCCAGAACCGAUCAGGCGAGGAUGGCAGCGACCUCAUCCGCCACUUCCUCAUCGAGUCUUCUGCCAAAGGGGUGCAUCUCAAGGGAGCCGAUGAGGAGCCCCACUUCGGGAGCCUCUCUGCCUUCGUGUGCCAGCAUUCCAUCAUGGCCCUGGCCCUGCCCUGCAAGCUCAUCAUCCCGAAGAAAGAACUGGGAGGUGGAGACGGGGCCUCAGACCCCUCUGCAGACGGCCGGGCCUCCUGCCUGAAGAAAUCUGCGGGUUGCCAUGCCCUGUACCUGAGCUCCGUGAGCGUGGAGACCCUGAGCGGAGCCCUGGCUGUGCAAAAGGCCAUCUCAACCACAUUGGAGAGGGAUGUCCUCCCCACACCCACCGUGGUCCACUUCAAAGUCACCGAGCAGGGCAUCACCCUGACUGACAUCCAGAGGAAGGUGUUUUUCCGGCGCCAUUACCCCUUCGCCACCCUCCGCUUCUGUGGCAUGGACCCCAAGCAACGGAAGUGGCAGAAAUACUGCAAGCCCUCCCGGAUCUUUGGGUUUGUGGCCAAGAGCCAGACCGAGUCCCAGGAGAAUGUGUGCCACCUCUUCGCGGAGUAUGACACUGUCCAGCCAGCCUCGCAGGUCAUCAGCCUAGUGGGUGCUCUGCUGCAGGACCCAGAAAGGAUGUAGGGGAGGGAGCGUCCUGUGUGUCUUCCUAGGCAUCCCAGUGGGCUUGCUCAGGAUGCCCCCUCCACCCUGAGCAAGAGGCCUCUUACCACCCUGAUGGACCAAUCCCCUGGACUGGAGGAGAGCGGUACCAAGUUGAAACCCUUGAACUCAGUAUGACCUUCAGCGGUGACCUUCAUCCAGACCCACCCCCCCAACCCGGGCCUCAGUUUCUUUAACCUUAAAGGAAGCCAACAGACAGGAUGAGCUGUUCUUCUCAGACGUCUGUGGGCAUCUUAACAAGCUCCCUGUGAUCCUGAAGCACACCCACAUCUGAGGACCCCCCACAGGAAAAUAACCUCUGAAGUCCUCCUGGACGCUCCCGACACAGUAGCCUGAGCUAGAGACCCGUGACCCCUGCUUCAUGGCAAACGCAGGUACGGGGUCGGGACUCCUGAGCCCUGGCCCGAGGCUGGCCUGAGAGCAGAUGGGUUGCCAGCAUUGAGGACCAAAGGAGGGAUGGACUGACUCUCUUUCCCUCCAUAUUGUUCCUUUCCCCAUUUCCCUGACAGCUUAUUGAGCUCCUAUUCCCAGGGCAAAGCUAGAUCCACCUGCCCUGGAUUCUUCAGCCAACAUGGCCCUGGUUGUUAGGCAGGUUAACAAGUGUAAACUUGCCCCCAUGGUCAGAGAUGACCCAGCUGUCCUCAUGAUCUUGAUGUCUAAUCCCUUCCAUUGCAAAUGAGCGUCAGCUCCAUCUUUUCUUUCAGUUUCUCAUAAGCGAGUGUCCCACAGCUGCCCUGGUGUUACUUGUGUCACUCACACCUGGGGGGUGGCGGCAGCUAGACCUCUGCUCACUCAAGCAGACACAGGAGCUGGCUCUCUCUGGUUCUGCCUCAGCCCCAGUCUUGUUGAGUCCUCUGUGCUCCAACAACACACACACACACACACACACACACACAGCCCUCUACAGUACUGUGGCGGCAACUGACCUCGUAACCACAUGGGGGCAGCAGAGAGUCAAGAAUGCAAACAGGCAGCCACCCCAAGAGGCUUGGAGAAGCUGGGUGGUCUUUCCCGCCCCACCCACACCGCCCUCAACCCUAACCCUAACCCAUUAAGACCCCCAAGAAUCUGGAAUUACUUGUCUAGCAGACCUGGGGUCCUAAGGAAACCAAACUAUGAGGGUAGAAGAUAAGACUCAGAAAAGAAGCCCAUUUUUGCUCCAUGAGGGACCAGUGCCUGACCCCGCCCAGCUGGGGGCCCUGCCAGAGAAUCAUUAUCUUUGGCCAAAGUUGGGCCUGAAGGGUUAUUAUUUCAACCCAGAAAACCAAACCGGACUGAAGCGGCCCUGGGCUGGCGGGACCGGCUGAGACCAGCCCACCCAGCCUGUGGUCAGGCACUGCCCCACCCUGGAGACUACAGAAUCCAGACAAGGUUCUCAAGGUCACAGCGCCCAAGUUCUCAAGGUCACAGCCUGGGAACUGGCAGAGAGCACCCCCCCCCCCAUAUAUCUAUGGGUGCCUUGUAGCUCCCGUCAUGGAAAAUAAAGUGUCUGUCUUUGCACAAGAGUUGGUCCUACGGUAUUCAGGGCUAUCCCCUCAGCGAUGGAAACCUGAACAGAAAAGGAGACCUGGCUGGGCAGGUGGCAGCUGUGUCUGAGAGAAGACCACGUGUGCCACAACCCUGGCCACGGCAGGACAGUCUCCACUGACUUCCACUUCAUAACCGUCGCUUAAAUCAUUCUGUGUCCCCCACGUGUCCGACACACCCGUUAUCCAUCUUCACGACCCCUUUCCUGCCACUGUGCUAGGAAGACAGGAGGCCUGGGCUCUCCCGUGCGUGCCAGGGCUGAGGUGAGCACGUGUGACAGCCCUGCCAGCUUCCAGAGUCUCACUCGGGCUCCCUGAGGGAGAGCAGAGGCUGGUGAAAUAUAGGCGGCUCAAGAAAAUUCCAGAAGAAUCCUUGAACCCAGAGGAACCCCGAGCUACCAGCCCAGCCCUGGAGACCUGGGCAAUGGCCCCAUCAUUCAUCCUGCUUCUGCCUCCAGUCUUGGGGUAAUGCCCCCCCAGACCUCUCCAGACCCGUCGCAGUUAGGGAUUCAAGGUGGACAGGCCAUGGAAAGCCUCGCCGAGUGGUUCAGGCGGGGGCUGCAGCGAUGUCCCUUUCCUACAGAGCCUUGGGAAGGGGAGAGCUACUGCUUCUGUUCAGGCUGAGCUGUGUGACCCAGUGGCAAGGGCUGCUCUGGAGGAAGUGAAGAGACCCUCCCAAUGCCCUUGAACCACCACUGAGAAGCCCCUGCCGCGCCUCCCACUGCCCAACUGCAGUUCCAGAGGGGGCUCCUCUCAGCCCCCCGCCCAGCCCCCUCCCUGGCCAUGGACAGAGUCCACGGGAGGUAAUGACCUCUACUGCAUUUACAUAGCUCAUCUUUCCUCUAGGAAGGUUUCAUAGAGAACUCGACUUGACUUUUGCUGAUGGGCAGAGCCGCCAGCCCAGCAAGGGCAGAAGGGAAGAAGGACCUCCACCAAGGCAGGAGCUGGGAAGGGAGGGGUCUUUGCACCCAUGCAGGGACACCCAGGGGUUUCCUCUCCAGGCCUUGCAGUCCUGGGUCUUAAGCCUCUCUCUCCCGUACCCACAAUGUCAUGUCUCCCGACUUUCCACCCUGCCCCAUCCCCUUCUCAUCCUUCUCUCUACACAUAAGUACACCAUCCCUCCCUCCCCUCCCCCUCCCAGUGUCUCUCUCCUUCC